AUGGAGAUCCAACCAGUAUUGAGUUUCUCAGAUGAGGACAAUGUUAGGACCAUACAACCACAUGAUGAUGCCCUGGUGGUCACCAUCAAGAUAGGGGGCUUUGACGAAAAAGUUGUUGUUCCAAAGGGCCAGAUUAGACUACCCGUGCAGGUAGGUUCAGAGGUGGACUUCAUUGUGGUAUAUGCUUAUUCUCCUUACAUUGCCAUUGUAGCAAGACCUUGGUUUCAUGCCUUGGGGAUUGUCUCUUCCACCCUCCACUUAAAGGUGAAAUAUCCAUUUGGGGAUCAAAUCGAGGAGUUGGUUGGGAGCCAGUUUGUGGCCAGGCAGUGCUUGGUGGUUGCAAUUAUGCAUUAG